AUGAAGAUCUCAUUGUGCCUUGCUCUGUGCGUGUUGGCCGUGGUACAGGCCAGACCUGAGCCUCCCAGCUCGGGGUACGGACCUCCCAGAUCCAGCUACGGAGCCCCAGGUGGUGGUGGUGGUUAUGGCGGUGGUGACGAUCACUCAGAGGUAGCGAACUACAACUUCAUGUACGAAGUGAAGGACGCCCCCUCUGGAAACGACUUCGGCCACAUGGAGUCGAGGAUGGGUGAGGUGGCCAAGGGAUCCUACCACGUGCUGCUCCCUGACGGCCGCAUGCAGAGGGUGGACUACGUGGCCGACCAGGGAGGCUACCAGCCCACCGUCACGUACCAGGGAGAGGCCAAGUACGGACCGGGCGUCGGAGGAGGCAAAGCCCGGCGGUGGAGGCGGCGCUGGCGGUGGAUACUUCUACAGGCGAUAACCUGUCAAAUAACCUGCUUAGUGACUGAUUAUUAUUAGAAUGUAGUUAUAAUGCGAUAAGGUACAUUUUAUAAAUGUAAAGACUUGUUUUGUAUGUGAUUAAAUGUGUGUCAUUUGAAAAGUUCC